AUGCGUUUAUUCGUUGGUUACAAAUCAUCAAAUCAAAGCUUUAAACAAUUAGAAGUAGAAACCGAAAGAGGUGAUGCCGGUUAUCUUCAGAUGGAUUGCGCCCGUGAAUCUUUCGCAUUUGCAACAUAUAAACCAAAAUCAGAAAGGAAAGUUAAAAAGUUUGUUCAUUCGUUAUAUAAUAAUGUUCAAAAAUAUGAUAACUCAGUAUGUGGUAAAUAUAUUGACCCUUCAGAAGUUUUCAAGAAAGCAAAUGAAGAAGUUGAUAUCACUUUUGAUAUGAUUAUUCCGGUAAAUGAUUUGUUAGCAUUUCAGGCGUUCGAUGAUUAUCCUAAAUCAUUUGGUGAAAUCAUUCUUAAAUAUUAUGUUUUCAGGGAUACUUUAGUAUUUUGUCAGGUUGACCCGUUAAGAGUUGCUGAUUUACAAAAUUAUGUUUAUGAAAAGAUAACUGAUGAAAAUUAUGAAAAGAUUAUGAAUCAUGUUUAUAAAUAUGAUCGCAAAUUCCAACAAAUCGGACUUCCUGCCAAAUUAAUUACAAGCUUAGCCGCUACAUCUGCUGACGCAACAGUUGAUGACGUUAUUAUUUCAUGCACAAAGAUGGAAGUUUUAGAGGAUAAAUGCAUUACACCAGGAUACGGUUUAAUUGAAGAAUCAGUUAAAGCAAUACCACGUUUAUUCAGUAAGGAAGAUCCAUUCAUGAUUCCAGCUCAACAUAUUGACGUUCGUUCACUAAAUGGAGGUUGCAUCACUCCUGAAGGUAUUAGCUCAGAUUUCUCAUACGCUCUUCAUAAUGUUACAGAUGUUGUGUUAGCAUUUCCGAAGAAUGCAAUGCAAAGAACAGUUUUAGAAAAUCCAAUGCUUCGAGGUCUUCAGGUCACUAUAGAUUCCAGAAACUUCCCGAUCAAGCGAUGA